AUGUCUAUCCCAGCUACCAUGAAAGCCGUUGUCAUCCACAGCGACCAGUGCAUCGUCAAGGACGACCUCCCGGUCCCAAAACUCGGAAUGAACAUGGCAUUGAUCAAGACGAAGGCAGUGGCCGGUAACCCGACCGACUGGAAACAUAUCGAAUUCAAGUUGGGGCCGCAGGGCUCGGUCCUUGGCUGCGACGUUGCGGGCGAAAUCGUGCAGCUCGGCCCCAACAGCGACAGCAAGUGGGCUGUGGGCGACACCUUGUUCACAGUGGUACACGGGGCCUCCGUCCGGAACCCCGAAAAUGGGGCGUUUGCCGAAUACGUCAGAGUGGAUCUUCCUGUCUGCAUCAAGCUCCCGCUAGGGCCAGCCGACAAGGAGGUGCUCCAGGAGGGCCGUGUGGAGACGUUCGAAGGGGCAGCGACGAUGCCUGUGACCUUGUUGACCGCCGCCCAGGUAUUGUGCUUGAAUUUCGGCAACAAGCUCGAUUGGGAGCCGGCGCACGUUCAGCACGAUCACCCCAUCCUCAUCUGGGGUGGUGCCACCGGCUGCGGGCAAUACCUCAUCCAGUUGUGCCGCAAGUUGAACGCCUACAGCCGCGUGAUCGUGGUCGCCUCCAAAAAGCACGAGGCCCGGCUCAGGAAGUUCGGCGCGGACGAGAUCUACGACUACCACGACGAAGACGUGGUCGCGCAGAUCGCCCGCGACCACCCCAACCUCUACCAUCUUGUCGACGCCGUCUCCGUCCCGGAGACGCUGCGCCUGGUCUACAAGCUCGCGCCCACCUCGGCCCCUGUCAAGCUCGUGCAGUUGACGCACAUGUCUGCCAAGGGCACCAUUCCCGAGGAUGAGCUAAAGUCCAACGUCGAGGUCGGCAACACGAUGUUGUACCAGAUCAGCGGCGAAGACGCGACCAUAGGCAAGAUCACCCACCCGGCCAGUCCUGCCUACCGCAAGCAGGCCAUCUCCUUUGUGGACUUCAUCACGCCGAAGAUUGCCGACGGCUCUAUCCUCCACAUUCCCGUUAAGGUGUCCCAGGGCCUAGAGUCGGUCCCUUCCAUCAUCCGCGACAUCAAACAGGGCAAGACCGACGGACACAAAUUGGUUGCGAAGUUGUAA